AUGGCCCUCCCCUCGCACCCCGCGUUCGCCUCCCUGGCCGCCGCGUGCGCGGUCCUCGUCGGCGUCGCCUUCGCGUCCGUACGGGGCUGGAUCCGCCCCUACGGCCGGACCCACGCCGCCGGGGCGGUCGUCAGCACGCUGCUCGGCACCAACGCCUUCGUCCUGUACACCGACGACGGCCCCGAGGCCGGCGUGAAGGCGGCGGCGGAGGCCGCGGCGGAGCGCCACCUGAUCGACGGCGAGGACGCCUGGCCGCUCCUGUUCGUCGUCGCUGGCUGCGUCCUCGGCUGCGUCGUCGUGUCCGUCUUCCGUGCCUGCGUGGAGGCCUCCGGCAGGAGGAGGAGGAGGAUGGUGCCGCUUGUGCCUGGAAGGAGCGGGCGCGCUGGGCGGAGGGCUACCGGCUGCGGCUGGCACACCCUUGUGGAGCCUAUGCUCUUCCUUGUCUCUGUUUGGGCAUGCGUCUACUGCCUCCCUGGCGUGGCCGGCGACCACAUUGCUGCUCUGCCGAAGGGCGGGGAUCCUGCAGGUGCCGGCAUAGUGUGUGAUCAUCCAAGUCGCAGCCCCAAGACUGUCAAUGCGCUGUGGGUUUGGCCAGCAGGCAACAGCACAGGACACAGCUGUAUCACGAACAGAUAUCCUCGCACGUCAUCCACGGGCCACGGGGCCACCUCAAAACCCCCGGCCCAGCCUCGCUCGCCUUCCCCUUCCACAAGGCGCUUUUCCCCAAAAUAGAGGGAGAGGGAGAGGGAGAAGGAGCGGGUGAGCAUCAGGGGCCGGUGGUGAAGUGGAAAACGAAGGGAUGAAGGACGGGAGAGCGGCAGCCCUGGAGGAGGCGGGGACACGCAGGAUGGUCAGUGCCGGCUUGGCCAAGAAGGUCACGCUCUUCUUCAGCCCGGCCCAGCACAUGGCGAAGACCAUCUUCGCUAAGCGCCGCUGCCAUGUCAACUCCAAGGACAACCUCGCCGUCGGUGCCAUGAGCGGCGACAAGGACACAACCGCCAUCAUCGGCGAUGAUGAGGCUGCUGAUCGGAGGCUAUCGGACAUGGAGGAUGGGAAGGAGGAGGAGAUGGGCAUGUCCUAGGAUGACAAG